UAUCAGUUCAAAUGAAUUUUAUAUGUUUAGCAACAAAAUAUAUUUAGUUUUUUUCCUUGGGUUUUUCAAUUGGGUGAAUUACCUUUAUAAAGUUUAAUUUUUGGACUUAAUUUAUUCCAGAUUAGAUCAUUAUAAUAAUAUACCUAGCAUGAUGGAAUAUUCUCUCGAUUCAGGAGCAAGUGUUAGCGAUAAUUCAGAUUCUAUUGAAAUGCAGGAAACAGAAGACAUGUCCGAUGACCCAUUUUGCAACCCAGAAAAGCCCGUUAGAGUGACAUUUGAGGAAAUCACAUCGGCUGCCUAUAAAAUAAGAAGCGGCAUCAAAAAUACACCAUGCGAGAAAUCGCACAUUUCCCAGCUAACAGGAAUGAAUAUUUAUUUGAAAAAAGACUUUUUACAACACACAGGAAGCUUCAAAGAACGAGGUGCAAGAUACGCUUUGCUAAUGUUGAACGAACAGGAACGUCGAAACGGAAUUAUUGCAGCAUCAUUGGGCAACCAUGCCCAAGCAGUGUGUUAUCACGGCUACAAACUGGGCAUUCCCGUGACAGUUGUAAUGCCUCUCAUUGCUCCGAUAAUGAAAAUUCAAAAAUGCCGAGAAUAUAAAGCUAAUGUGAUCAUAGAAGGCAAAGAUAUGGACGAAGCUAAGAAAACGGCCUAUAAACUGUCAAAGGAGAAAAAUUUAACUUAUAUCAACGGAUAUGAUCAUCCGCAUAUUAUAGCUGGACAAGGGACUAUCGGUUUGGAGAUUUUAGAACAAGUUAGCGAUAUUGAUGCUGUUGUGGUGCCUACAGGAGGUGGAGGCUUGCUAGCAGGAGUUUCAGUGGCUGUAAAAAUGUUGAAUCCUCAAAUUAAAAUCAUUGGUGUAGAAUCUGAAAGAUGCGCAAGUUACUCCAAAGCAAUGUCCAAUGGAAGUCCAUUAUUCACUCCAAUAGAAGGCACUCUAGCUGAUGGUUUAGCCGUGCCAGAAGUUGGCUACAAUGCAUGGGAAACUUCCAAGAAUUUACUGGAUAAAUUGGUGGUUGUCAAAGAAGAAAUGAUUGCCUUAGCUAUACUGAGGUUCAUAGAAAACGAAAAGUGCGUUGUGGAGGGGGCAGGUGCGUGUGGGUUAGCUGCAAUUCUAGCUGGUCAGUUAGACGAGUUUAAAGGAAAAAGAGUAGUUCUGAUACUGAGUGGAGGAAAUAUCGAUACAACAAUCUUAGGACGAUGUCUGGAAAGAGGUUUAGCGGCCGAUGGUCGUUUAGUUAAAUGUAGAGUAACCGUAAGCGAUAGACCAGGAGGUAUAUCGGAAUUAUGUAAAAUUUUCGGUUCGAUUGGUGUGUCAAUUAAGGAUAUUAUACACGAAAGAGCUUGGGUGGCGUCUGAUGUAUUUAGUGUAGAGGUGAUAGUGGUUUGUGAAACGCGGGAUUACACGCAUAGUGUGGAACUGCGUAAUUUGCUGCGUUCCAAGUAUAAAAAGUUCGAAUUCGAAAACUUCCCCAUCGAAAGUACUUUAGUUGCAACAAAUAAGGAUUUGUUUUCUGAUGAUUUGGAUCCGUAACUGAAAAAAAAAAGUAAAAACAUUAGGUACUAGCAACAUUCCUGCAAAGAUUUUAUCGAUUUGUUACUGUUUUAAUAGAGUUUUUAUCCGUUUGUUAUUACAUUUAUUAUUCCCUUAUCCAUUCAUUAUUAGCGGUACUUAUAAUGUAUACAGAGUGGAAAAUUAAAAAGGAUCCACCUGGAUUUUCUCGAAAAUUAUCAGGAAAUUAAAAAAACGCCGAAACACGUCGAUUUUGUUUUCGAGGGGACACUUUUUCGCUACUUCAAAAUUUUUCUAGAUUGCACCCCCUUACCGGGGUGAGUUGUACCCUCAAAAGUUGAAUAGGGAAACUGGGUCGAGUGGUACCUUGCUUGAGAGGUAUUUGAGAUGACUUUACAGAUCUGUAAUUUAUUUCGAAAUCUGACUACUAGUACUAGUUUUCAAGAUAUUCGCCUCGGAAGUUGCCAUGGGGCGUAAAAGAGAACGUGUUUUUCGUGCAUUUCUACAAAAAAAAAAAAUGAAAUUAGUGAAACCCGUCAAUUUUGUUUGUUUUGAACCUUUGUUUCUUUGUUAGUGUGAACCUUUUGAACAACCUUUCAAACAACCUUUCAAACAUGACUCACUUUUCAUUUUUUCACGAAAAACACGUCCUCUUUUCGCUCCAUGGCAACUUCCGAGGCGAAUAGGUAUCUUGAAAACUAGUAGUCAGAUUUCGAAAAAAAUGACAGAUCUGUAAAUUCAUCUCAAAUACCUCUCAAAUAAGGUACCACUCGACCCAGUUUCCCUAUUCAACUUUUGAGGGUGCAACUCACCCCGGUAAGGGGGUGCAAUCUAGGAAAAUUUUGAAAUAGCCAAAAAAGUGUCCCCCUUGCAAACAAAAUCGACAUGUUUCAGCGUUUUUUUCCUGAUAAUUUUCGAGAAAAUCCAGGUGGAUCCUUUUUAAUUUUCCACCGUAUUAAUUCAAUCGGAACAUUUCUACCUAUCUACUGAUCUUGGUUUGUCAAUAUUUUAAUUUUAUGCAAUUAUGUUAUUUUAUAUAAUGUUUAGUAUAGGUAGUGAAAUUAUUUGAAUAGUGUAUUCACGUGAUCAAUGACGUUGAAAUUAUUGCCAAUUGCAGUUUGUAAGAAAUUAAAAUUCGUUUCAAGCUGA